CUCUUUUGUUCUGCUCACUGUUGAUGAAGAUAUUGUUUGUUUUAUAUACAGAACAGAAAGCAGACAGAAAGCGGAAAAAACUAUUCUGUUACAAAAAGAGUAUUAGUCUCUGAACAUGGCGGACAAUCAGGACCACACAGACUCAGCGCUCGCCUCUCCAGAGCAAGCAAAGCAAAUAUCCUCCACCAGCACCGAGACCAAAGAGCACAUUGAAGAUAGUGCAGAAUUCUUGACUUCCACGUCUGAGACUGGUGAGCGUGAGACCGCAUAUUCUACAGAGGAUGCGGGCGAGGAGGAUCAUGGGGAUCACGACGAUCAUGAGAAUCACAGUGACGAUGACGCGCCACCACUACCUGAAGGCCCUGUUCCAGAGACAGCAGAGAAAGCAGAGAAAGCAGAGAAAGCAGAGGACGCAAUAGAACCCACUGCGGUAGCUACAGUCGACGACAAUGACGACGACGAUGGUCCACCUCCGCUGCCACCCGGCCCUGUCCCUGAAACUGCAGAAAAGGCUCGGGGUCUGGAGGACUGGGAAGCUAUUCUCGACGCAGAAUCAGGCAACUAUUACUACUACAACCACGCUACCGAGGAAACUACUUGGGACAAACCGCUUGCACUGGUCGAGGCUGAGAUGCAAACGAAUUCAAAGAAGCGGAAGCAGACCACAGACUAUGCCUCGCGAGGAUUCUUCAACCGGUUCACUGGCAAAUGGCAGCAAUUCCCCGUCGACGACGACACCGUCGAUCUCUCGGACGACGUCGUGGUUCCUCCCGGCGUGAUCGUCCCCUUCAACGAGACGAUGGCCGACAAGCGCUCGCGCAAUCAGCUGAAUGUGUUUUACGACGCCAGCUCGGUCGAGCAGUUGAACGGCGGCAAGAGCUUGAAAGCGGAACGGCAGCAGCAGAAGCCGUCGAAGAAACAGGUCGAGCAGUUUAAGAGGAAGAAGCAGGAACGUAGGGAGAGGAAUCAGCGGUCGUGGUUGUUGAAUUAGGCGUGUAUUAGUUGUGUGUAUCAGUCGUGUGUAUAUAGUUGGCGUUUCUUGCUCUUGCCGGCGUUCCUCUUUUUGUUUUUUUGUUUGUUUAUAAUUGUGUAAAUAGUAUAAUCACUCUGUUAGCUAAGAUACUUAUUCAGACUACUUAUACAUCUUAUAGUCAGUUUAUAUGAGAAAGCAACAACAAAUAGAAGAUAAACC